ACAGACGAUUGUCACAGAGGAACACACAAUAACAAAAUAAUUAUAGUUUCAUAUAAUAAUUUACACACACAAAAGAAAAACUCAAUGGAGAUCAACCCAUUCAAAGUUGGAGAAGACUUUAUCACGGCGCAAGUUAACGAUACUCAUGCCACUUAUGUCGAUUCAUCCUUUGAUGCCAAUUCUUUCUUCAUUAUCGUUGCCAACAUUCUCAGGCAAUCAACUGAAAUUGUUCAAAAAUCUCUUCAGGGUGAUAAGAUAACACCAAAAUUGGAAGGGAGUUUCCACAAAGAAAACUUCAAAAUUCCCAUGUGCCUCAUUAAGAGUAUUGGUUGCGAGCUGUUCAGUUGUAAGGAACCAAGUGCAGAAAUUGGACAUGAAACAACAGUGAAAAUAUUGAAGAAGCUACGAAGCUAUUCAUGGGAGGCAAAGUUAACACUGACAUUAGCCGCUUUUGCAAAGGAAUUUGGGGAGUUAUUAAUGCACAUUGGCGAGGUUCAUCCACAAGAUCACCUCACCACAUCACUGGCCAUUCUCAAAGGCUCUCUUAUUCUUCCCACCACUACCACUACUCGGAAAAAUGCACUCAUUCAACUUAAUGAUCUCAUUAAAUUGACACUGCAACUCAUCGAAAUAAUCUUUCGGUCACACCUACUACUAAAACCAAUACAUGUCUAUUGGAUUAUCAUUACUGUUGUUGCUUGUGCCAAUAAAGUAAAUAUUCUCACAGCUGAUGAAGAGAAGGCACACGAUUUGUACCCCUACUACAUAAAAAUUGGCAAAUACAAAUCUGAACUUGAACUCACAGCUGACCGAUCGCCCAAGCCAAUCGGAGUGAUAGAUGUAGAGAGAGAUUACUAUGAGCUGUUGAAAGUAUUAUGUCAAAAUAAUAAGGAGAGCAUCGAGUUUCUUAGUCGUCUGUUUUCAACUAGAGAUUCAAGCCGUGGUGUGCAGCUCAUUGAUUGCUCUGCCUAUUUCCGUACGGUUCAGAUUGAUGUGCUGAGGAAGAAGACAGUGUUGCUUGUUUUUUCACGGGUAGUAGGACGAUACGACAUCACUACCAAUGAUAUUAACUUACUCAAACGCAUUCAAUUUGAGAAAAUAAAGAGAGAGAGGAUGGAAGAGCAGUAUGCGAUUGUUUGGGUGCCCAUUGUGGAUGAGACUCAUGAUCAGUUAACUCAGUACAGAAAAGAGAUAGAGUUUCAGAGGCUACUUGCGUCGAAGGACAUUCAAUGGUACACUGUGAAUAGUUUGGCUUUACACAAAGGAAGCCUUAAGUUCCUCAAGGAGGAGUGGAAAUUCGAGACCAGUCCCAUUUGCGUUGUGAUGGACCUUGCCCAAGGGAGAGUUCAAAACAUCAACGCCUUCUACUCCAUGCGCCUUUGGGGAUUGGAUGCUUUUCCUUUUGACAAAGAAUCUGAGCACAGAGUUGUACAUGAAAUGACUUGGAUCAACACUGUUUUUUCAAGGGAAUUCAUUGCUCGGUCUCAGUCUUUUAGCAUCUGGGUAGAGCGCAAUGAUUACAUCAUUAUCCAUGGUGGUACGGACAUGGCAUGGAGCAGAGAGAUUCAAGACAAAAUGAGAUACAUGAGAAUGGAAACAAAUAUUAAGAUUGAACUUUUUAACAUUAAUGAAGAGAGUUAUGUGGAGCAGUUUUGGAGUGGAGCAAAAACCCUAGUAGAAAAGUAUUAUAAGGUGGAAUAUGCUAAACAACAAGUCCAAAGACUCAAUUCUUUGAAGCAAGCAAAAGGGUGGUUUAUGCUUAACAAAGGGUCUACUACGUUGGUGGUAGGAUCACGAGAAACCCUCGUCAAGGCAGUGGAGGAGCUCAACAUAUGGAAGGAGAGUAUUACUAAAAAGACCUUUGAAGUUGCUUUCAAAGAAUACCAUGAGAAGAUCUUUAUUAUGGUUCCUCGGCCGUCAGACGACCCAUGCCUCACCAUUGUGAAUCCACUCAAGGAGGAUGGAAAGACUAUGCUGAAAGAGAUGAAGUGCACAAAAUGUGGCCGAGACAUGGAGAUGACUAGUGUCACUUUUAGGUGUUGCCAUGUUAAUAAUAUUCCGAAACCUACCAUUUCAUCAUCGCCAUACGAUUACUAAGUGGAUUUGGAAAGUGGCUCGUACUUACUUAAAAUAUAAUAUAUGUUAUGUCGAUCAGUAUACAGUAAAAUAAAAUAAAGGUCAUGGUGUUGUUUUACCAAUGGAGAGUAGAUGAUCUGAUGCUCUACUUUUUAUUUGUUUGUUUGGAUGCAUGUUUAAAUAUGAGUGUACUAAUAAAACUUACAUCAAUAAAAAGAUUUUAUUAAA